UUUGCAACUAUACAUAUUCACACCGGAGAGAAAAGAUAAAGAUUCUCAACUAUAAUAAGUUCACUUUGCCUCAUCAUUGCAGAUUUCUUCAGCUUUCAACAAGAGAAAGGGAAAGAUGAUGCCAGAUAGUGAAAUUCAUCCAAGGAGUCAAGAAUCAGUUGAAAGUCAAGCAAGCUCUUACCAAGGAGCGAGUUUCCCGUCCCCAUUGAACGGCGUUGUAAUCUUUGUCAUAUCCACAUUAGGUGGAUACCUCCAAGUUCGAUUCCAAUCGAAGAACGUGUCGCCAUUCGAAGAACACUACCAGAUUAUGUGGGCAGCUUCUAUGGUGCUAUCCCUUUAUUCCAUCAUGUUGAUUGGUGAAUUCAAUCUUGAGGUACGUAAACAUAGCUUCGUUUCGAUUGCGAAACGCUUCACUGUGCUUAUGGGAGCUCUUGAGGCUGUGUUGCUCACUAUAAUCAUAAUGCCCUGGUUUGGGUAUUUGAAGUUGGUUCUUUGGAGCAUUUGUUUUCUGAAAGCAACAUUGGCUUCCUAUGAAGAAAUGUGCCAAUGUUUUCAUCAGGUGUUUUCUCAAACCGUUGAUACCAUAAGAAGCUAUUUUAGCAGAGAAGAAAAACGCUUGCCAGUCUAGUGUACCAUUACUAUUGCUAGCAACAUGAGGAAACUUUAAUAUAACAAAUUACACCAAUUUAUUCGUUGAUAAUUGGUUACUUGCACGUUGGUUUUCUAGUUGGCUUGAUGUUCUUGCAUUAUUAGGUUAUAUGUGGAGAAAGAGAAGUAGCAGCAGAUUAAAGAGAUGUGUUGUUUAUUGUUCUGGUCUAGAACUACCAACAGUGAUAAAAGGGAGUUGAGAAGGAGAGUCACUAAUCAACCAUCACUUUAGAGCUGGAUGGGAGUAGUGUACCUUGCAAGGAUUCCGACAAUCAAGUUAGUCUUUGGUGACGACUGUUUGAUUCCGCCUUAUUUUGUGGGAUAUGAUUCUGACUUGGGCGUAUAGGUCCCUAAAUAGACCGUUUAUUUGCAUCCUGGCCCAACGUGGAAGUUGGUCGUAACAUUUAUGUAUAGGAAUUUUGUCAAGAGAUUUUUGUUUAUGUAUAGGGAUUGAGGGAAUGGAUCUAUUAGUUGAAGUCUUUAGUUGAAGUCUAAUAAACUAUGUUAAAGAAUAGUUUUGUAUUGUUAAUUGCAUAUUUUUUGUAAUUGAGACAAAUAGGCGGACAAGAGUUC